AUGUCGUACAAUGGAAUUGGUUUGUCUUCUGUUCGCGGGACGGCAACGUCUGGUCAUGUCCAAGCAAAUCGGGGCCAUGUGAAGGCAGCUCGUCGCCGCUGGCAGAUGGAGCGAAAUUCCUCGUCAUCCCAUCAAGUGUACAACCCAGUUUCGGCAUUGGCAAGAGAACGUGGUAAUCAAGAGAUCCAAGAGCAUGAAAGAAAAAAAGCUAUUGAAAACCAAUUGCUGUUGCUGCGUGAUGAUCUAGAACAAAAUGGGUUUUCAGAGGUGGAAAUUGAAUCCAAAGUGAAUGCCGAGAGAGAACGACAACUCCUCAAAUACAAGCAACAAGAGGAACAAAAGAAAUCUCAGCAGCAGCAGCAACGCCAACACAGCACUUACCCACAAUCGUCAGGUGACGGAGGUGGUUAUUACGGAAGGCAACCACAGUCAAGAUGGGACAACCGCAACGACCAAGCAAGAGGUCUAGGACACCAGGGCUACAGUUCCAGACCUGCAGUUCCCAAAAACAAGCAUUUGGAAGCUGCCAUGAAAGAAGAGGACAAUGAGCGCAUUCGCAGAGCCUUUCAGAUUUCCAAAGAUCAACAUGUGGAAGGCCAGGCGUUUGACCGAGAAUUCCAGGAACAAAAACGGAAGGCUAAGUUGGCAGAAAAGGAGGCUCAACAGAAAAUGCUGGAAAAGGCAGCACGAAAACAUGAGCGAGCAGCAAAACGUGCAGCAAAACAAGCUGAGAAGGAAAAGAAAAAGAGCCGUGGGCGUUCCAAGACUCGAAAAAAACGAAGGGAAUCUUCCAGUAGCAGCAGUUCCUCUUCAUUUUCGUCCCAUUCCAGCUCUUCUUAUUCCUCGUCUUCAAGAAGCAGCAGCUCCUCGCUUUCCAGGGAUGACAAUCGGGAUGACAAGAAACGAAAUCGUGGUAGACGCAGGCGUUCUCCCAGUGGCAGUAGCAGCAGCUCUUCUGGAAGUUGCAGCAGGAGUCGAUCGAUGUCGUCUGCGAGCUCCAGAAGCAGUGGUCGCAGGAAGCAAAGAGAUUCCAAAAAGAAGAAAGAUGUGGAGGGUAAGAGAGACAAAAGGCAACAAGCUGAUGACAAAAAGGACAAUGAAAGAAAUGACAGCAAAGAUCAGAAUUCCUUGCGUAACUCUGAUCGCAACAGAGAGGAGAAAGAAUCAAAGCGGUGCCCAAACGACAGCAAGGAAAGUGACAACAAGGAUUUGGACAAGAAGACAGAAAUGAAACAGAGAUCAGGAUCCUCUGAACCGCGGAAGAGGGGGCUCCGUCGGUCAAGGAGCCCUUCGUCGUCCUCUCACAGUAGCAGUAGGAGCAUCAGAUCCAGAUCAUCAGGCUCUUCUCGAAAACCAUCACCAAAAAGGAGAAAGAGACGAAGAAGAUCGUCCUCACGGUCGUCUUCCCCGCCGUCACAGAUCACUACCACAACAAAGACUAAGAUUUCUGGGGAAUCCCAGCAAGACGAGCCAAAGCAGAGGAUGUCAGAUGCCGCUUUGGAUCGCUCUGGAAAGGAUAGGAAGAAAGACGACAAACCUAUGUCAGAUCGUGACAACAAGGACAAGAAUAGCCGUGGAGUAGAAGGCAAACAAAAGCGUCGUCGAAGCUCUCAAUCUUCCAUCAAGAAAGGCGACGCGGCAAAAGAUGCAAAUACAAACAAGAAAGGGAGCAAGGGUCGUAGGAGCCGUCCUCAAAGCUCUAGUUCGUCCUCUGGGAGCUCCAGAUCCGGCUCGUCUCGGUCCCGAGGAUCACGAGACAAGAAAGGGAAGCGCCCUCGAUCAAACUCUAAACACAGUAGCAGCUCCUCCAGUGCGGGAUCACGAUAA